GAGAGGAGAGGGCGGAGGCCGGGCGACCGCUGCCCCGGGCUCGGGCCAGGUGCGGGGUAGAUCCGGGGCCCCGGGAGCCCGCUUUCGUUUCUGGCUUCCUCGGGGCCACGCUCCUUGGUCCCGGAUCGUUCACGUCCUCCUCUGGGGCUUUCGUGUCCACGUCCGUGAAAUGCGGAGCUGGGGCUCCCUGGCUCUCCAGGCUGGUCCACUCCAAACUUCUGGGACUCCAAACCUCCUCUGGUCUCUUGCUGGACUUCCAGUGUAACUGGCCGAGCGGCCCCUGAAGGAGAAAAGUUGCUCGCCUGGUCCGUGAGGGGCAUCCCCGGAAGGCAGGCCGGCAGAGGUGGUAGGAAAUGGAGGCAGACAGUAGUUCAAUAAAUUUACUCAAGGUCACCUAAGUGGGAAGCUGUACGCCUGGGCAGGUUACUUCAUCCAUCAAGAAUAACAGCCUCAGGCAUGUGAAGAGGAGUGGCUACUUGAGUUAUACUGCCAGGAAGUAGAGGUGGCUGGCUUUCUGCUAUGGCCUCUGAGCCUCAGAUGGAUGCUGGUGGGGUGGCUGGCCCACUGCCCAUCUCCUCCCCAGGCUGGAGCACCCUGCCUCAGGCGACCCCUCCUGGCUGGAGGCAAGAGAUGCACAAUGGCCAAGUCCUCACAGUCCUCCGGAUUGACAAUACCUGUGCACCCAUGUCCUUCGAUCUUGGAGCUGCAGAGGAGCAACUACAGACCUGGGGCAUUCAGGUCCCUGCCGAGCAGUACAGGAGCCUGGCCGAGAGUGCCCUCUUGGAGCCUCAAGUGAGGAGGUACAUCAUCUACAACUCCAGGCCUGUGAGGCUGGCCUUGGCUGUGGUGUUCUACAUGGUCUUGUGGGCCAACAUCUACUCUACCAGCCAGAUGUUUUCCCUGGGCAGCCAGUGGGCAGGUGUGCUGCUGGUGACCUUGGCUGCUGUGAGCCUGACCCUGACCCUCGUGCUGGUCUUUGAGAGGCAGCAGAGGAAGGUCAACACUAACACAGACCUAAGGCUAACAGCAACCAAUGAAGCCCUCCUGAGACAUCGGGUGCUCCUGGGGGUGACAGACACAGUGGAAGGAUGCCAGAGUGUGAUCCAGCUCUGGUUCAUCUACUUUGACCUGGAGAACUGUGUGCAGUUUUUGUCUGACCAUGUCCGGGAAAUGAAGAGGAGCCAAGAGUCUAUGCUGAGAACCAGAUUGAACCAGCUGUGUGUUGUCAUGGAGACAGGGGUGAACCCUGUGGAAGAGGGCCCUGGGGACUUGGAGGAUGCGCCUCUGCUGCCCAGAACUCCUGGUCCUCAGGAGAGCCCUGUCACACAGACAGAGAUCCAACAGCUCAUCCCCGAGGCUGAGCCAGAGGAAAUGGCUCGGCAGCUGCUGGCGGUGUUUGGUGGCUAUUACACCCGGCUCCUGGUGACCUCCCAGCUCCCUCAGGCAGCAGGGACACGACACACAGACUCUCCGAGGGUUCCAUGCCCCUGUCAGCUUAUAGAAGCCCACUUCCUGGGCACAGGGUGCUGCCUGUUCCUGGCCAGGUGACCUAGGGACAUAGGCGUUCACCUUCCUCUGAUACUGAAAGUUGGAGAAGCUUGAGGAGUUCUUGACCACCACUGUGAGUUGAGACAAGAUCACCAUUUGAGGACACAUCAGGGUUGGUCACAGGAACCUCACGUGCAUGCCAGUACCCUGCACAGAAACACCUUUCUGGCAUGCUAUGUUUCUCCUAGCUUCACUGAGUCAGUGGUAACUGAGCUGGUCUCAGCUCACUCCUCUCUGGGCUGCUUGGGCCUGUGGCCUGGAUGGAAGAACUGAUCUCUCUUUCCUUCCUUUUCCCAAGAGCCCCACAGCACUGCAGACAACUGCACAGGGAAAAUCCCUGUUGAAGCUUAGACUCAAAUGGUACUUCCACUCCAGUCCCUUCAUGUCAGAUGGGGAAACUGAGGCUCAAGGAGGGCACUGCUGUUUCUGUAUUACCUCUGACCUCCGAAGUUAUAAGCCCACCUGAAGAAGAGAAGAGAGUCUCAGAAUGUCCUCUGUUCUUAGGCUUUUCUUCCCGUGUUUUAUGAAGGACAGCAGCAUCUGGCCUACAGAAGACAGAUAGAGGCAAGGGCAGCUGACCGUUAGCUGUGGACUUGGGACACAAGGCUCUGACUUGAUGGUGUUUCUGUUCAAAGCACUGGCUUGGGCUGUGCUCUCAGCCCACAGGGUCAGGAGGGUCAGUGGUGCAGUGCUGCGAGGCUGGCCACUCCUGCACCUCAGAGAAGAGCUCAGAGACGCCACGUGCUCCACUCCCCGAAGACUGCUACAACCCAGAGAAGAGCUCAGAGACGCCACGUGCUCCACUCCCCGAAGACUGCUCCAGAGGCCACAGCCAAAAGCCCUGGCCCAGUGUUGUGAGGCUCCCAGCCCAGCUCUCAUCUGCGAUUUUGGUUUUAUCUCCCCCAAAACACCACAUUAAAAGUUGAAACUCUU